UUCCGAAAAACCCUAAACUCAACCAACAUCAACAUAGUUUGCAAUUCCUAAAAAUCUCCCUCUGGUUUCAAAAUGAGGUUGCCUUCGAAACGAUUGCAAGACGAAGACUCCUCUUCUGAGGAUGACAGGGAGAUGGAGCAUGAGGAGUUAACUCCUGAGGUGGAGGAGGAGGAAGAAGAGGAGGAGGAGGAGGAGGAAGAGGAGAAUGACUAUGAAGAUGUUCAUGGAAAAGAUGCAGAGAUGGAGGAGCUUGAAAAGGAGUAUAUGGAGCUUCAGAAUAAGGAGCAAGAUCUUUUGAAGAAUUUAAGGUCUCAUAAGGAUGAAGAUCUUCUAAAAGGUCAAGCAGUGAAAAACCAGAAGGCUCUCUGGGACAAAACUCUUGAGUUUAGAUUCUUACUUCAGAAAGCAUUCUCAAGUUCAAAUAGACUACCUCAGGAGCCAGAUAGGUCUUCAUUCUGUGACUCUGAUGAGGGAGUCAAUGUAGCAUAUUCAGAUUUGAUUACCUCAUCUAAGAAGACUUUAGAUUCUUUAUUGGAGUUACAGGAGGCUUUGCUGGAUAAAAAUCCAUCAAUUACUCAAGCCACAAAUGGUAAUCCUGGGCAAUCUUCCAAGGGUUUAGAAACUUCUAAGAACUUGGAUGUGAAAGGUGAUGAGGAAUGGCAACAGAUUUAUCAAAUGCAUUCCAGAAUAGCUCCUUUCAGGGACAAAUCGAUAGACAAAUGGCAGAGAAAGACAGAGGUGUCAACUGGUGCUGCUGCUAUUAAGGGCAAAUUGCGUGCUUUUAAUCAGAAUAUCAGUGAACAAGUUGCUGCUUAUAUGAGGGAUCCCAGUAGAAUGAUCAAGCAAAUGCAACUGAGAAGGUCAACAGUUGGCAUAUUUGGGGCUCAGGUCCCUGAUGAUGUGGGCAGUUCUAGAGAAGAGGAAGUGCAUGCUGAUGGCGACCCUGAACUGCUGGAUGAUUCUGAAUUUUAUCAGCAAUUACUGAAGGAAUUCUUUGAGACAUUUGACCCAAAUUCAUCUGAGACAGCCUUUUACGCUUUGCAGAGGCUAAAAACCAAGAAAAGGAAGAUCGUUGACCGGCGUGCCUCAAAGAGCCGCAAAAUAAGGUACCAUGUUCAUGAAAAGAUAGUAAAUUUCAUGGCUCCUCAGCCCAUGAACCUUCCUCCAAUGGCUCCUAAAUUAUUUGACAACUUGUUUGGCUUGAAGACCACCCAUCAGCCUGCUUCUGUGGUCUAGCAGUUGUCCUGCAUCAAAAACACAUUUGUUUGAAAUUUUGUAAGAUGUUAGAAGCUGAUGUAAACAAACAUAUAUAUUUCAAUGGUGAUUCAACCAAAGAUGUACGAGUACAAGACACAUCAUUCAACAUGUUAUAGGGAUUUUAUUCACUCUCCCCUUGGUGUAAGAUGGGGGUAAUGAAUUCCCAUUCCCAUUCCCAUUCCCAUUGGCAAUGAAUUACAUGUCUUGACUUUCAAUUGAA